GUUUGAUUUUUAAUACAUAUUAAAAAUUACUCGAAAUUUGAUAAUGGGAAAGAGAAAGAGAAGAGUCGACCGCGAGAAGACUCCUCCUUCAGGUAAAUUUUUGUUCCAUUCUUUCGGUUUAUCAUCCGUGUUCAAUAAUUGUGAUUUUUGGGGGGAUUUUUGUGUUCCCUUCACAGUCAUGUAUGCUUCUUUGAUCAUACGAAUUUCAAGUUGACUGUUUGAUUGAUGAUUAUCAAGUCACCCAUUUUUGUUUAAAUGCACAUGCAUUUUGAAGGAAAAUCCAAUUUUUUAAACUAAAGGGCUCCAAUUGAGUGCACGAUUCUGUUGUUGAUUGUGCUUUUCGAUUCUGGAGCCAUCUCGAGCAGUAUUUUGUAAUAGAUUGAUUCUAUCUUUGCUGAAUUGAAAGGAGAUUUUCUUGGGGGUAUCAGCAAUUAAGUAACAAUUUGAUUGGAAUGAUUGCAUAAUCAGUUUAGCGAAGAUAUACAGAGUUGCAUGGUUUAGAGUUUUUUUUUUGUCACCAGCUAGUUGUUUAUUGAUUUUUAUUUUUAUUUAAGGUGUAAAUUUGAACUUACUUUAGUGUUAAUUUGUGCUUUAUAAUUAUGACCUGAGAGAAUUCUAUCAUUCUUUAAGUAGUUCUGUUGGGUUUGGGUAUCUAUUUCAAGCAAUUCCCCUUUCCUUAUCUUUAAGGAGUUAGAAGCACAAUUUGAAGUUGUUACUAGGUGGCCCGUAAUGCUUCAAUGCUUCAGAGUCGGGGAAGAGUUCCAUAAUUCAUUCAUCAGCUAUUUUUGAAAUAUUAACUGCUGAUAGGAAGAAAUGCUAUGCUUUAUGGACUCUCUAUUCUAUGUACUUCACAAUGCGUGUCUCAUUUGCAUCAUUUCAUUGUUCUGUUAAGUGCUCGCUUUGAAUCAAAUAAGCAUUUCUACUUUUCUGUUGUUUAAUGCUCGUUUCUGUGGGUGGAUUUCACUGGGGAAUCUCGUGAUCAUAUACACCAGUCCGUAAGAUAAGGGUUCCUUAAUCCUUAUUUGAGUUGACUAAGACCUCAGGGUACCGUUCGACUGACCCUGUACAUUUGUAAUUUGUGUUCUGAUGCAUGCAUUGUUUACCCUUUGAUGAUAGGGAAUCGGGCUUUUGAUGAAGUGAUGCAUUUCUAAUACUUUUUUAAUUCCUCACCAGAGUUUCUUGAUGUGAUUGCUGUACACUUAAUAUGCCAGCUGUGUGUCUUAAAUGCUAUAAAUUAUGUGAUGGCUCUUAACCUUGUUAGUCCAGUUUUUGUAUUACUUGUAAUCUUUUCAAUAAGGAUUAGUAUGAUAUAUUUCUUUUCGAGUAUGGUUUUAUUUUGCAAAGCUCUUGGAUCCCGUCAUCAUUCUUUGUGCUAUCGUUUAGGGAUGCUCUUUUUGGUUGAGCAUAUGACAUUUCUACCAUGUGCUUGCUGCAGUGAAACUUAAAAUAUGAAAUCUAUCAAAGUGUAGCAUAUGAAAUAUUCUAAGAGAUUACACUUGUUCUCCUAUAUUGCAGAUGUUUUGCCUCAUUCACCACAAAUGGAAGGAUUGCCAGAGCAGAAGUCUUCAGAUCAAGUUGAAAGUAGUGCUACGGGAUCCAUUUCUUCCAUCCUAGAAAUCAUUGAUGAAUCUAAUAAGUUACCCCAAGUUUCACAGUUACAAGCCCCUCACCACCACUUUAGUCGUGCAAUGCUGUAUAAGAAUCCUCGAUACUGUAGCCGUAAGUAUUACAGGAGAAACAUUGCAAAUCAUGGUGAUGCGUCAACUUCACAUGCAAGUGAUACCCAUCCCAUUGAUGGAAGUAUAAUAUUCCAGUUGGCUAAUAAGUAUAGUUCAUGUGACUCCACGCUGCAUACAGAGGGUUUUGAUAGAGCAUUUGUUAAACCAGAAAGAAUAAGGUCGAGAUUAUUUGGAACAAGUGCAGUAUCUAGUAGCGUGGGAAAGAUGAGAUGUGGAAUAUGUGAGGGGAGCUUGCGGAAGAAAUUGCACUCUGCUGGAGGUGUUGGAGCUUCUAGUGAUCUAUCUGUGGUGGCUGUGCUGGUUUGUGGUCAUGUUUUCCAUGCUGACUGUUUGGAAAGGAAUACUUGCAAAACUACACAAAUGGAUCCUCCGUGCCCCAUGUGUCCAAGGCUGACUUCGCAUGUUGAUGCUACUGGAGAACAGAAGCGGUUGCAGACUGACUUUUCAAUUAGGAUCUAA